AUGGCGUCUGCUACCGCCCAUCCAAUCUCUCCCAACUCCCUCUCCCCUACGCUCUCAAUCAAUGGCUGCUCCGAGCCGCCUCGCAAGCGGAAGCGCCAUACUCGCACCACGACAGGCUGUAAGCAGUGCCGUGUGCAGCGCGUCAAAUGUCCCGAGGGCCCCAUCUCCUCCACGACAGGGCGCAAGAUCAUCUGCCGCAGGUGCUGGGAGACCGACCAGCCUUGCUUCUACCCCAUCAAGGGGAUGAUCAAGCGCGGCAAGAGCAAGGACCGUGACGAUGCCUGGGAGCGCGCUGAGGAUGUCGAGGAGUGGUGCCCCGUCAGCGGCGGCUCUGACUCGGCUCACGACUCGCAAGACUAUCAACACCAGUUCGAGGAUCGCGAUGACAUGACGAUCAUCGACUGGACGGCGCUGCCCGCUGCGCAUGUCAACGGCACCCACACAGCAGCUUUUAUCACCAGCGUCGAUACAAAGCCCAUGCUCCACACGCAGCACGCCCACAUUGCGCCCAUCAGCGCGGGGUCUAUCCCGGCAGAUGCGACAAUCCAGCCGUUAUCUAUGAACCCGCCUCACGCUAAUGGGGUUAGCGUCCACCCUUAUCCUCCUGCGUACGGCUACACCAAUGUCGACAAGACACUCACGGUCGACAUGAUCAAUUAUCUUCUGAAUCCCGCGCCAAUGAACAACAUCGACCCCAUCUCUCUGGCGGCUAUGUCUCAUUCGACCGGCGACCGCGCUGUGGUGUCUUACCUCGAGUCACGGGGCUGCAACGAGAUUCAGUCCGCAACCCAAGUGAAGCACAACUGGAUCUUCCAGCAGCUUUUCCCCCGCCUUCUUACAGUCCUCUCCGCGCCGGUCAAUGCCGACGAAGCAGGGGCCUCUGUCCGCGACUGGCUGCACCACUCGCUCAUUCAGUUGGCCUACGUCCACCGCGGCAACAUCGAUGCAGACACCACCAAGGCGUGGCACUGGCGUGCUGCAGCAGCGCGUCACCGCCAAAAGGCUGGAUGUGCUAUUCUUCGCGCCAAAGUCAGGUAUCCCGAGCGGGAGUGGCAAACUGAAGAAUACUUUACUGCGUUUGAGCUGCCACUGGAUCAGUCCUCAUCGUUCUACCCGAGUCUUCGAGACAUGAUCUCCCUCUACGCCACCAUUCAGUUUUCCUGCACGCCUCUGGACGUGUGCUCCAACAUGCAACCGAUCUUUGAAAUGUCUCCGGUGGGCCCCGAAUGGGUGGAGCGUUUCGUCGGUUUCUCUCGGCGAAUUGUCAUUCUCCUCGGUCGAGUCCACAGCCUGGUCGUGCAGCGGUCCAACAUGCUGCGGUCCGGUGGCAAAGAUGGCUCACGUGCUUCGCAGAUCGAGGCGCAAGCCCAGGAACUGCUGGUACAGCUGAACGAAGGCUGGGAUUGGGAGGAAGGCAAUUUGGACGUCGGUCGCUCAGACCGUAUCCAGCGUGGAAACGAGGUUAUGAGAUCAGCAUUGCGAGUCAUGCUUCUUUGCGAGGUCCUCAACGUAGACCUCAGCGACGCUCGACUUGAGAGAGAGCGGCAGCGUGCAGCCGAACUCGUAGCCGAUGCCGAGCCCGUUGGAAUGGGCGGAUUUCAGUGGGCAUUGACGAUCAUUGGCAUGUACACUCGUGACCCCGACAUGCGGUCGAGAAUCCAGCACCUCCUCAAGUUCGUCCUUUCCCUCAGCUUUGGCUCCAACUACCGUGGUACCGACGAGAUUCUCGAUAUCUGCUGGGACGCUUUGGACCGCAACGGCCAAUACGAAAACGGAAUCGCUCCCUGGCGAGACGCUAUGGGCGCCUUGGGCAGGAACCUCUUCGUGUAA